AUGUCUGCUACAACCAACAACCUCCGCCGUCGAUACCCUUCUAGCAAGAAGGACGAUGAUCUACUACAGUCCUUAGAAGAGCCAAAUCCAACCAUGGCUUCGCCCGAGUCCUCCAAGAUACUCUCCCAUGACGACGACGGCGACCAUGGGGACGGGCCUGUUGACAUAUCUUAUUCUUCUCUGAUGUUGGCAACAGCUCCUCUGCUGGCCGUGGCAGUCGUCUGCGCGUACUUGGAAUUGACGGACAUGUCGCAGUCUAUUGUGGUCGGUGCUCUUCGUUCCUUGCUCCAGCUUUCCCUGUUGGGGACGAUAUUGUAUCCAAUCUUUACGUGGGGCCAGAAACAUGCAAUUGUGGUGAUUGCAUAUUCGACCAUGAUGAUUGUCCUGGCAGCACAAGAAGUUUCGUCACGAGCCCAAUAUGCCUUUCCAGGUCAAUUCCAAGCCAUUUUGAUGUCACUGCUAGCCACGAUAUCCUUGGUGGCAGCAUUCACCUUCAAAGUCGUCUUGCACUUGCAACCCUGGCACACUCCUCGCUACGUGAUCCCCGUCGUUGGAAUGUUGCUGGGAAACUCCAUCAACGGUAUUACUCUCAGUAUCAAUGCUAUCUCCAGAGCAUUCGUCGAGGAAUCGGCAGAAUUGGAACUGAUGCUGGCAUUUGGAGCCACACCCUUUGAAGCAUUACAACGGCUCUUGGCCGAGGCAAUCUUGGCAGGGGCCACACCUGUGUUGACGAUGCUGAGGGUCACGGGAAUCAUCUCCAUCCCAGGCAUGAUGACAGGCCAAUUGCUUGGAGGCACCACAACAGUCCAGGCGGCUCGAUACCAACUCUUGAUUCUCUACUUGAUCGCCGUUUGUACGGUCGGGGUCAUUCUACUGCAAACUCUCUACUGCGCCUUGUAUGUAGGAGUCGAUACAAAAACACACAUGCUCGUGGCAGAUCGAUUCGUACCCAAGAAAUCAAACAAAGACAAGCUCUCGGCUGUGCUUGGUUUGGUGACAGCACUCUUGGCCAUUCUUGGGUUCCGUGGAGACGAUGGAUUGACAGACACUUUACCAGCUUCAUCCAUCAAGGAGGCCAUGACGACGAAAGGCACCAUUGAAGUUCAGGUCUUAAAGGGGCUACAACAAUCUACGCCGCUGCUCGAACUUGGAGGGAUUCGAAGAUCCAUUCAGCAUCGAGUCCUCUUUGAGAACAUUACUAUAGAUGUUCACGCCGGUGAUUUGGUGUUUGUGAAAGGUGUAUCAGGAUCGGGCAAGAGUCAGCUUGUACGCAUCGUUGCUGGACUGACUCCUGCAGAUAAUGAAGUGUCUGGGACAUCCAUGAUGGUCUUGUCCGGACUUGGCUGGGAUCAGCAUCAACAUUCAAUGGGGCGUCAUACACCGGCGCAUGGAGACGUCAAGUCCGGUAUGUGCCUCAAAGCAAGGUCCAAAUGCCCGGGACGCCGCGUGAAUUCAUUCAUCGGAUCGCCUCGUUUCGAUCCUGGAAGCAACAACGAAUGGUCGCAGUUGUCGGGAGGAGAAGCACAGCGGGUUACCCUGGCUAUUGCCAUGGCAUCCCGCCCGCUUGUCUUGUUGGUGGACGAAUCGACGAGCGCCCUCGAUGGUGAAUCCAAACAGGCAGUAGAACAAUCCAUUGUCAAACAGUUGCUACGACAGCGACAAGGACCUUCCACAGACGAACAUGAUGACGGUGGAUUGAGUGUUCUUUGGAUAUCUCAUGACGAAAAGCAAGUGGAACGAAUGACGCAGGCAUUGCUGCUUGACGAUGUUCAAGUAUAG